GCUUUAUAAAGAUGAGUUUGGGGGCAGGUGUUGUGGCAUAGCAGGUUAAGCUGCUGCUUGGAAGCUUGCGUCCCAUGUUGGAGUGCCUGAUUUAAGUCCCACCUCCACUUCUGGACUAGCUCCCUGCUAAUGUGUACCCUGGGAGGCAGCAGAUGACAAAUACUUGGGUCCCUGACACCCAUGGGAGAGACCUGGAUGGUGUUCCUGGCUCCUGAUUUUGGCUUGUUUCAGCUGUUGUUGUUGGCAGGCAUUUGAAGAUUUAUUUUAUUCAUUUGAAAGGUAGAGUUAGAAAAAGGGAGAAACAGAGACCUUUUACCCACUGGUUCACUCCCCAAAUGACUGCAAUGGCUGGGGCUGGGCCAGGCCAGUGCCAGGAGUCUGGAGCUCCAUCUGGGUCUCCUACGUGGAUGGCAGUGGCUCAAGUACUUGAGCAUCUUCCACUGCCUUCCGUGGAGCAUUUGCAGGGAGCUGCAUCAGAAGUGGAGCAGCUGACACUUGAACUAGUACUCACAUGGGGUGCUGGUGUUGCAGGCAACAGCUUAACCCACUAUGCCACUGUGCCAGCCCCUGUUGGCAGGCAUUUAGAGAGCGAACCAGCAGAUGGAAGAUGUAUGUGUGUCUGUUGGUCUCUGUCACUCUGCUUUUCAAAUAGUACUGUAGUGUACUGGUUGCCUUUAUUUGGGAAGGGAUCUGCUUUUGCUUGGCAAGAACUGUGUUUUGUUUAGCUCUUCAAAACAGUUCCUCGUAUAUUUUCAGAAGUGAGGGAUCGAAAAUACACUUUGAGUUCAGAGCAGCUCAGCUGAAUUGCAGGCUCUGGCAGCAUUGCCUUUGAGCUGAAGCCCACCUUCUCCUGCCCCCCAGAGACCACCGAGGCAUUCUGUCAUGCCAGAUUUCUAAAGGGCGGAAGAUAGCGAAGCAAAGCAUCUCUGCCUUGCUUCCGAGAUUCUGCGGGUCGUGCUGGAAGGGGAAGGCAGCAGUGGAGGCCCUGAUCAACUGAUACGUUAGGGUGGGAGCCAGCAGUGCAGGACGCGCUGGGGAGGCAGCCUCCUCGCUGCCCUUGGUUUGUGGCCUCCAAGAGGGAACCUGAAGUCGAAGGUGCUGAGAAAUGUCAUCUCCUUAAAUGGGCCUAACGUGCGCGUGAAGGAAGUUAGGGAAAGUCAGAAUGUCACGGGAUCCACAGGUUUCCCCGCGGGGGCCAGAGGCGUGCGUUCCAGUUCUGCUGCUGCUGUAACUUGGCCUUUGAGCUGCUUUUUUGUUUGUUUGUUUGCUUUUGUUUUGUUUUGAUCUGAAAACCCCAGGGAUUGAGUAGUCCUCUCUCAACUGCAGUAGUCUGGCUGGCUGCACUUGUGAUGUGCUGGGCGCCUUGGGUCAGAUGAGCACCAGAUGCAGCCUCCUGCGACCGCCUGCUGGGCCCUUAGGAGCAGCAUUACUGUGGGUUACUUCCCUUUGCCCUCAGGCCCCACAGGAUGUAAUGAUUUAGCCUGAAAGAAAGAUUCCUGGAACUUGAGUUGUCCUUCGCCUCCCCAGAUGAAGACUUCGACCUGUCUGCGUUCUAGCAGCAACGUCACAGAGUGUUCUAUUUCUCGGGAGCCCUAGCGCAUGCUUUUUAGAUGUUUAAGAUUUGUGAGCGAGUUUUUACUUCAGUGCGAUAUGUAUGUUUCUGGAAAAGGUUGUGUUCUGUAAAUCACAUAAAAACAUGUGCUCUUAGAGGAAAAACUGGAUUGUGUAGACCCUCAACUUGUGCUAUUUGGUAGCCAGAGCUGACCAGUGAAACCAUUAGCAAUUCUGGUUAAAAGAACACCAAAGCAUGUUGAAGUCUUUAUCCUUUGUCGCCAGAACCAGAGACUGUGCCCAUCGCACAACAUUUGCCCCCGACGGUCAGGUUGUCUGGGGCCUCGGCAAGGCCUUCUGUGGCAACGCUUUCUUAAACACAGGGCAGGUAUCUUUACACCGUUCUCACUUACACUCACAGCUUUACCAUGGAGAGUGUAACCCUAUGGAAAGCAUAGCGAUUCUUUGAGCAACUAAAGAAGGCACUCCCUUCAGGUUGCCAGCUUUUUCUCCUGACGUCUUUGUAUAUAACAUGAAAGCAUUCUCUUUGUUAAUAAGCUUGCCCAUUGCUGCUUCAAAAUACUACUGUCCCGGAAAGCGUUGUGGCUCAACUUGGGACAUCGGCACGUAUGAGCACCAGUUCGAGUCCCAGCUCUGCUUCCUGUUUAGCUCCCUGCUAUUGCAUACUGGAAGGUAGGAGGUGAUGGGUCCCUGCCCCCCAUGUGGGAGACCAGGAUGGAGUUCUGGGCUCCUGGCUUCAGGCUGGCUGAGCCCUGGCUGUUGUGGAUAUUUGGAGAGUAAACCAAAGGAUGGAAGAUGAGUUGAUCUUUCUCUCCCCCUCUCCCUCCCUCCCUUGCAAAUAAAUAAAAAUAGACAAGCACUAUAAAAAUGCUGUCAACCAGUGCAGUUUCUAAUCAUUUAAUUUCAUCUCCCUCUUUUUGAGCAUAGUUCCCCCAAAAGCCAUUUACCAUUUGGGAUUUGAUUGCAGUCACUCCAGAAUUCUUCAGCCCUCCUGAGAGCAGAUAGUACAGUGAUGAGAGGCUCCUCAUCUGAAUGCCAGAAUCCGGUCCAGGGUCACGUGUUACAUUCAGUUGUUCCAGCUCUUCAGUCUCCGUAUUCUUUUGGGGUUUUUGAUUUUUUUAAGAUUUAUUUAUUUAUUUGAAAGGUAGAAUUGCAGGGAGAGAGAGAGGGAGAGGGAAAGAGAGAGAUCUUUCCGCACUCGUUCAUUCCCCAAAAGGCCACAACAGCUGGGCUAUGCCAGGCCAAAGCUAAGAGCCAUGAGCUUCAUCUGGGUCUCCCAUGUGAGUGUAGGGGCCAAAGCACUUGGGUAAUUUUCCACUGCUUUAAGAUUUUAUUUAUUUAUUUGAGAGGUAGAGUUACACACAGAGGAGGGGGGGUCUUCCAUCUGCUGGUUCACUCCCCCAAAUAACUGCAAUGGCCAGAGCUGAGCCGACCCGAAGCCAGGAGCCAAGGAAAUUCUUCCAGGUCUCCCACAUGGGUGCAGGGACCCAAGUACUUGGGCCAUCUUCUGCUGCCUUCCCAGGCUAUAGCAGAGAGCUGGAUUGGAAGAGGAGCAGCCAGGAAAGGAACUGGUGCCCAAGUGGGAUGUCGACACUGCAGGCAGUGGCUUAGCCCACUACGGCACAGUGUCAGCUCCACUUUCCAUGUGCAUUAGCAGGGAGCUAGAUCAGAAGUAAAAUAGCCAGGACUUGACUUGAACCAGCACCCAUAUGGGAUGCCGGCAUUAACAGGUGGCAGCUUAACCUGUUACACCAUAACACUAUCCCCAGUCUCGUUAUUUAGCCUGUAUAUUUCUUUCUUUCUUUCUUUCUUUUUUUUUGCCUUAAAUGCCCCAAGCUCGCAUUCUUAUGUCUUUUCUAGUUUUUUAUUUAUCUAUUUAAAAGGCAGAGUGACAGAGACCUAGAGACGCAGAGAGGUCUUCCAUCUGCUGGUUCACUUCCCAAAUGGCCACAACUACCAGGGUCAGGCCAGGCUGAACCCAGGAGCAAGACCUCCGUCCUGGUCUUCCAUGUAGGUGGCAGGGGCCAAGCACUAAGGGUAUGAUCUAGUGCCUCCCAAGUACUUUAGCAGGGAGCUGGAUUGGAAACGCAGAGCAGCCAGGGUUUGAAGCACACUCUGAUAUGAAAUGCAGGCCUUCCAAACGGUGGCUUUCCUCUUCCCACCACAAAGUGACCCCCACCUAGUGUCUGCUACAAGAUGUUUAGUCCAGCCUUUGUAUCCACGUGAGCAGAAUGGGUGUCUGCUGGUCCACCCAUCCUUCUGGCACAACCAUUCUCAGUACUGCUACCCUCGUGACCUCUGUGGACCAAGGACCUCUGUGACUUCGCCAGCCUCAUCUUCUGUUAUCUCGAAGCCACUGGUGCCCAAGAGACUACUGGUGGUUUCCACACCCAUCAUGCAUAGAUUCCCUUAUCCAGAGCUGGUUUGCUAGAAGCUUAUGGUUGGCCAGAGGGGCACAGCUGUGAAAAGAAGCGUGUAGAGCACACCCCCUCUGUUGUAAUUAUUCCUGUAGCUGAAUUCAGUCAUUGCUCCUGUGCCUGGCACUGUGCACUUAGGGAAGAUGGAGUCGAGAUCCGCAGUGGGGCAUUCCAAGUACACUGGGAGGCAUGCAGGGUGCCAGCUCAUACAGCAGCGGGUGGGGGGGAGGCGAUGGAGAGGAGAAGCAGGAGGAAGAAAAGUCAGAAGACCAGGACCUCCAGGGCCUCAAGGACAAGCCUCUCAAAUUUAAAAAGGUGAAGAAAGAUAAGAAAGAAGACAAAGAGGGCAAGCAUGAGCCUCUGCAGCCAUCAGCCCACCACUCUGCUGAGCCAGCCGAGGCAGGCAAAGCGGAGACGUCAGAAGGAUCGGGCUCUGCCCCAGCUGUACCGGAAGCGUCUGCCUCCCCCAAACAGCGGCGUUCCAUCAUUCGUGACCGGGGACCCAUGUACGACGACCCUACCCUGCCUGAAGGUUGGACACGAAAGCUUAAGCAAAGGAAGUCUGGCCGCUCUGCUGGAAAGUAUGAUGUGUACUUGAUCAAUCCCCAGGGAAAAGCCUUCCGCUCUAAAGUGGAGUUGAUUGCGUACUUCGAAAAGGUAGGCGACACCUCCCUGGACCCUAAUGAUUUUGACUUCACGGUAACUGGGAGAGGGAGCCCCUCCCGACGAGAGCAGAAACCACCUAAGAAGCCCAAAUCUCCCAAAGCUCCAGGAACUGGCAGAGGUCGGGGACGCCCCAAAGGCAGUGGCAGCACGAGACCCAAGGCGGCUGCGUCAGAAGGUGUGCAGGUGAAAAGGGUCCUGGAGAAAAGCCCCGGGAAGCUGCUCGUCAAGAUGCCUUUCCAGGCCUCGCCGGGGGGCAAGGCCGAGGGGGGUGGGGCCACCACGUCUGCCCAGGUCAUGGUCAUCAAGCGCCCUGGCAGGAAGCGAAAAGCUGAGGCUGACCCGCAGGCGAUUCCCAAAAAACGGGGCCGAAAGCCUGGGAGUGUGGUGGCAGCUGCCGCUGCCGAGGCCAAAAAGAAAGCCGUGAAGGAAUCUUCCAUCCGGUCCGUGCAGGAGACCGUGCUGCCCAUCAAGAAGCGCAAAACCCGGGAGACGGUGAGCAUCGAGGUCAAGGAAGUGGUGAAGCCCCUGCUCGUGUCCACCCUGGGCGAGAAGAGCGGCAAGGGACUGAAGACCUGCAAGAGCCCCGGGCGGAAAAGCAAGGAGAGCAGCCCCAAGGGGCGCAGCAGCACCUCCUCGCCCCCCAAGAAGGAGCACCACCACCACCACCACCACUCAGAGUCCCCGAAGGCCCCUGCGCCGCUGCUCCCGCCCCUGCCCCCGCCCCCGCCCGAGCCCGAGAGCUCCGAGGACCCCGCCAGCCCCCCUGAGCCCCAGGACUUGAGCAGCAGUGUCUGCAAAGAGGAGAAGAUGCCCCGAGGAGGCUCGCUGGAGAGCGACGGCUGCCCCAAGGAGCCAGCUAAGACUCAGCCCGCGGUCGCUGCCGCCGCCACAGCUGCGGAAAAGUACAAACACCGAGGGGAGGGAGAGCGCAAAGACAUUGUCUCAUCCUCCAUGCCAAGGCCAAACAGAGAGGAGCCUGUGGACAGCCGGACGCCCGUGACCGAGAGAGUUAGCUGACUUUACACAGAGCGCAUUGCAAAGCAAACCAACAAGAAUAAAGGCAGCUGUUGUCUCUUCUCCUUAUGGGUAGGGCUCUGACAAAGCUUCCCGAUUAACUGAAAUAAAAAAUAUUUUUUUUUCUUUCAGUAAACUUAGAGUUUCGUGGCUUCAGGGUGGGAGUAGUUGGAGCAUUGGGGAUGUUUUUCUUACCGACAAGCACAGUCAGGUUGAAGACCUAACCAGGGCCAGAAGUAGCUUUGCACUUUUCUAAACUAGGCUCCUUCAACAAGGCUUGCUGCAGAUACUACUGACCAGCCAAGCUGUUGACCAGGCACCUGCCCUCCCACCCAAACCUUUCCCUGUGUGCUCCUGAGGGACAGAGCAUUGAGAGGACACGCCCAUUUUGGUGCCAUUGAUGCCCCGCCCACAGCUCCCUCGACUCCCCCACCUCCCCCAAAGCCCACCAGGUUGGGACAGGGAGGUGUGAGGCAGCAGAGACAGUGGGAUUCUUUAUGGAGAGGAGGAUGGAGGUGGCCAGUGGCUAUGGCCCACGUGAUCCCACCUAUGGCGGCACGAAGGACGGCCCCGUGGCAGCCCCAGUCCCAAACUGACAGAGACAUUUCACAGGAUAGAAGUAGCACUGUCUGCCGUGGCUCCGGCGAGGCUCCGGGGGAGUCAUCCCUUUGAGCUGCGAGUGUAGACUGGCCUGAGCCGCGGGAGGGAACGGCCCUGUCCUUGAGGGCUGUCCUCCGGCAGACGGCGCUAGUGAGAGACAGAGCGAGCGAGCGCGCGAGCACACGUGCACGCGCCUGUGGAGGCUGCAGCAUGAGGUGCGGGCAGGCUGGCCUGAGUUAGGCACUGAGUGGGCGGGGCGAGAGGGGAGCAGAGGAAAAUGUUCUUCCAAUUACUUUCCAAUUCUCCUGUAGGGACAGCUUAGAAUUAUUUGCACUAUUGAGUCUUCAUGUUCCCACUUCAAAACAAACAUGCUCUGAGAGCAGACUGGCUUGACUUGGUGACACUUUGUCCCUCAGGCCAGCAGACGUGACGGUGUUCAGAACUACCUGGAUCUGUAUAUACCUGCGCUUGUUUUCAAGUGGGCUCGGCACAUAGGGCUCCCACGAAGCUCCGAAACUCUAAGUGUUUGCUGCAAUUUUAUAAGGACUUCCUGAUUGGCUUCUCUUCUCUCCUCCCAUUUCUACCUUGCUUCGUUUCAUCCUUCCAUUUCUUUGCCCCUCUCCCUCCCCCUUCCUCCUACUUCCUCCCUUCUGUCCCCUACAGCUGCAGUGCCCACCCAUACCCCAAGCCAGCACUGAUUGGUUCUAGGCCCUAGAACCCUGCCUGCCCUUUGCCUUCCCACUGCCAGUACCAGCCCCACCCUGUUCAGAGCCCUGAGGAACCCUGGGUUCUGCUGGGGCCAGCCUGGCCUCUCAAGAGCCAGAGGGCAGCAAGGUCUGAUUCUCCUGUGUGUAGCCCCCUGUUCCCUGGAAAGAGAAAGGCCAGAGGCUUCUCAGACCUUGAACCAUGAGCGGAGCUCUCCACCUUUCUCCUCUAGAAAAGUGGACCAGAGAAGCUAGAGAGCGCCCUGGGGCCUGCCAGUCGUAAGUGGCCCGGCAGGGCCUCCAGCUGCCAGCCCUGGCCCCACUCGGAAGCCUGGCGCCGAGCAUCACGAAGCAAGGCAGCUGGCAGAACCAGUGCAGACACUCCGGAGACCUGAGCUGGCCCCACCCCGGGCCCUCAGCCCCUCGCCUGCUCCCCCCUUUCCCAGGGACAUGUGCUUUUGCUCAGCGCAGACUGGGUGGGGCCAGUACAGCCCUCCUUUUGCUAUCUGGUCUGUGGGUUGUGGUGUGGAUGUUGGAGGCUUGGGCUUGCUGUGGGGUUUAGUCCGUUUUCCUUUGGGGUCCCAUCUUUCUAACCUCUGUUCAGGAAGUCCUUAUCUAGCUGCAUAUCUUCAUCAUAUUGGUAUAUCCUUUUCUGUGUUUACAGAGAUGUCUCUUGUAUCUAAAUCUGUCCAACUGAGAAGUACCUUAUCAAAGUAGCAAAUGAGACAGCAGUCUUAUGCUUCCAGAAACACCCGCAGGCACGUCCCAUGUGAGCUGCUGCCAUGAACUGUCAAGUGCGUGUUGUCUUGUGUAUUUCAGUUAUUGUCCCCUGGCUUCCUUACUACGGUGUAAUCAUGAAGGAGUGAAACAUCAUAGAAACUGUCUAGCAUUUCCUUGCCAGUCUUUAGUGAUCAGGAACCAUAGUUGACAGUUCCAAUCAGUAGCUUAAGAAAAAAACCGUGUUUGUCUCUUCUGGAAUGGUUAGAAGUGAGGGAGUUUGCCCCAUUCUGUUGGUAGAGUCAUAGUUGGACUUUAGCAUAUUUGUACCCAUUUCCCUAUGCUGUGACAGCAAGUCUGCACCCAGGCUCCCGUCAGUCCGACCCCUGAUCCCUCCACCCGCUCUGCUGUUGAUCCUCCCGCCUUCACUUCUGACUCCUCCCCAGAAGGAAGGGGUGGUCAGAGGAGGGCCCUGGUCCUUCGGAAUUCCUCACCCUCCUGAUCCCACAGUGGCCUCGCACUCCCUGCACCCGCAGAGGCCACCUGUGCACAGCAGCGUGCGGCAUGCAGCCAGCUUGUCCCUCAGAAGAUGUCUGUCUGGAUCAGUCGGGUUUCCACACACUGUGCUUUAGUCCAGUGAAUGGUGGCUCCUGGGCCCAGUGUCCAGAGGUGGCCUCGCCUUCGGCGGGUGCGCCUGGUCCUGGGAGGAGGAGUGUGGGGCCACCUGGUGCCCCGGCGCCCACAACACUUGGCUCAGGAGUCGAUUGGGAACACAGCAUUUCAAGUCUCAUUUUCUCUCGGCCGGGCCCCACCUGCAGCUCCCUCGCUCCCCAGCCUCUUUCCCUUCAGAGUUCCUUCCGAAGCUGCAGAUGGGGCCCGAGGCUCCUCAGAGAUUUCUCGCUGUUUGCCCCUUUCUUCCCCAUUCCCUCGUCCCCAGAUAAAGGCAUCAUGAGUCAGUCGCCUUUAAGCAGGCAGCUUUGUCAGUUUAUCACCCUGGGAGGCGGGGACCCUGCAGCUCCCCUGCACUCCUGCCUUAGGGUCCGGUUGACAGGAGAUCGGAGGGAAAGCCUUAAGCCACGGGAUUCUCACCAGCUAUGUCCGGCCCAGUUUUGGGGUGUGACCUCGAUUUUGUCUGUACUUGAACACUAUGAAGAUUGGGGGGCAUCUUUUAGUGAAUAUGUGAAGAAUACAGGAACUGACCUACAGCUUUCAAAUCCCCAUGGGGCUAGGUCACUAAGGUCACAUCGACAGUCUCCCCUCCCUUUGUUCUAGUUGUUAGCUACUACCUCCUCUCCCGACAGAACACUGUAUGUCCUCCAGCUCCUCCCAGGCACGCCCACCCUCCCUGCCUGCCGCUGGGCUUCUCAGAACCAGUAGAAUGGCUGGCCCUGGCCAUGCAGCGGGCUGGGGACCUCUGGCCGCAGCCAGGCUCCAUCGAGUCUCCAAAGGCACAGGGGGUGCCCGUCCAUCAGUGCCGCAGUAGCCAAGGGCCCCGGCCUCUCAGCUCUCGGGAUGGACAUGGGAACCCGAGCGACCCCAGAUUGUCACAUGCCCAGCGUGUUGCUGACGCUAAUCACAGAGGAGAAAGAGACUGCCAGGCUUGAUGGGGAAAGGAGUUUCCUGAGCUGACAGGACCUCUGAGUUUUCCGUAACUUUUAGUAAGCUGCUCAAGCCCAGGAGAGAGCAAAAGAUUGUGAACUGGAGCCGCCAGGAAAGACCAACUGGAUUUCCUUUAGCCCGAGUAGAGCCUGCCAGAGCCAUGUAGCCCCUCGCCCCGCGCCAGCCACCACCCCCUUGCCAGAGCAUUCCAGCCAGGCUCUCUGGGCUGACUGGGCCGGGGAAGAUCACUGGGACCGGUUCUUUGAGAAGACCUUUGUGCGCCAGUUCGUAGCUUGCUGCCCCGAAUUGUUUCCUGAUUCGAAUCACAUCAACAGAUCCUAGGACUCAUGGCUUAGACUUCAAGAAAUAAACUAAUCCUAGAGCCUCUGUGGACAAUUGCAUAGGAAAUCCCACUCGGGAUUUGCCUGGACAACGUGCCGUGGGGGUGGGUAAGGGGUCAGGCACAGCAGCACCCUCGCCCGGGCAGAGCCCGCCGCUCCCGCCGCGUGUUCUCACUCUUCUCUCUCGGCAUCAGUGAGCCCUGAGGCAUUUGUCAAGUCUCUCCAUCGUAGUGUCUUCUCUUUUAGAUACCGUACGGCUCUUUAGAAAAGACAUAGUCUAACUGUUACAAAUCGCUAGGAUACUGCCUCCCCCAGGGUCUACAGUUACAUGAUAAAGGGGAAAAAUUGAACACUGACACCAGUUUGCAAUAGGUUAGGAGGAAAACCUAGAAAACAUUUGGCAGAAAAUUACAUUUUGAUGUUACUGAAUGAAUAAGAGCCAGGUUUUGCAAAAAUACCGACCUAAAAAUACUUAGUGCUUGCCCUGAGGUGUCUGCUUCAUGGUAUAGGCCAAGGGGCAUCCAGCCUGAAGCCUCUUGUACUUGAGGAGCGGGGACCAGAGGCUUCCGGAGACUCUAGGCCUUUUGUCACUGGAGAGCCACUCUCUCCCCGGGGAACUGUCCCCAAGGACCUGGUUUCUGACCGUGUCCUUUGAGGGCGGUGUGGAGGUCAGCGGCCUGCCUUGACUCGAAGCUGCAAGAGCCCAGCUGUCCAUGUGGGAAAGCGAGGUGUUGACCGGUGAGCCGGAAGGCCCAGCCCCGCCCUGCUGCCCACUGUCUCCUCAUCUUGCUCGAGCCUGCCCCCACCUUGGAGUGCGCCCAGGGAACUAGGAAGGAGCUUCUGCCUGAGCGCGUCGUGGGCCCAUGCCUGGCGCGCAUUCUUCCUGCUUGGCUCUCAGGACCUCAGGCUGAGGCGAAGCGGCUGUGUGGCCAGCACCCUGUUCGCCCCUCGCCCCACAGAGCCUCUUGCUGCCUCCCCAAGCCACCUUGCCCACCUCUCACCUGGUGGGAGGCGCCAAGAGCCCCAGGGGCACAGGGAGAGCAAGUGAGGGCGGUGUGGGAGGGAGGCCCGAGCCCCAGUCCUCGUACGGGCAGAGCACACACCCUCCCAGAAGGAAAUGCCGCCUUUGAAUCGCAGUGCAUUGUGGGCACCUUGCAGACGGCCUUUGCUCCGUAGCUGCCCCGUCGGUCUGACAGUUGCUCAGCAGUGAGAACAGGAGGUUGGCAAGGCUCCUGCCCGUUGACGGCCCCUCCCCUGCAGUGUUUGUGAGUCAAGUGGCAAAGCUGUUCUUCCUGGUGAGCCUGAGUAUAUCCAGUAACUUAGAGACUCCGCAUAGGCCUGCUUCGUCUCCUCUGUCCUGGGCUUUUGUUUUGCUUUUUAGUUCCGCUCUUUGUUUUCUUUUGUCCCUUUUAUUUAAUGCACCGACUAGACACACAAAGCAGUUGAAUUUUUAUAUAUAUAUAUAUCUGUAUAUUGCACAAUUAUAAACUCAUUUUGCUUGUGGCUCCACACACACACACAAAAAGACCUGUUAAAAUUAUACCUGUUGCUUAAUUACAAUAUUUCUGAUAACCAUAGCAUAGGACAAGGGAAAAUAAAAAAGAAAAAAAAAUGAAAAAAAAAAAAAAAACGACAAAUCUGUCUGCUGGUCACUUCUUCUGUCCAAGCAGAUCCUGGUCUUGCCUCGCUUCCCUCAAGGGCUUCCCUGUGCCAAGCGAAGGAGGCCUCUGGGCAGCACCCAGGUUUUGCACUGUUUCUCUUGUGCUUGGGAGAGGGGUCCCAAGAUCCAGGGUGGGUACAAGGGUGCUUCCCUUGACCCUGCUGACAUCCAGAACGUAGUCAGCAAAGCCUGGUCCCCUCCCCCUCUGGGGCAUGGGGAGCCGGGCUCCACGGAGGCUGCCUGACUCCCCCAGCCUCCUCCCAGUGACCCAGUGAGGGCGAGCCCACGGGGGGAGUCCGCCGAGCAGGCCUCUCCACCAGUAGCGUUCAAAGCGCGUCCGCCCUCCCCGCUUGCCGAGUCCAGGAACUGGAGGGGAGAUGGGCGACCCGUCCUGUCUCUGAACCUGCGAGCUGCACCAGGUCGAAUGCCAGGGACCCCAGAUCCACAUGCUACCAGUCCACUGGGUCCCCUCUAAGAAGUAGGGAAGACUCCAGAAAUGUCCCUUUCUCUUCUCCAUUCUACCAGUGAUCGCAUUUGCUUUUGUCAUUCUCAACGAGCAAUAUCUGCUAGAGUUUUGCUGUAACAGUUCUUUUUGAAUCAUUUUUUAAGUAAUUAAAAACACCAAAAAAUAAAAUCCAGAAACUUGUUCUUCCAAAGCAGAGAGCAUUAUAAUCACCAGGGCCAAAAUCUCCCCUCCCUGUGUCACUGCUUCUUCUGAGGCCUGAAUCCAAAAGAGAAAGCAGUCAUAGGCCCGUUGCGGGGCUGGGCUACCCCUUGGGCCCCUGGGAGGAAGCAGGGCCCGGGCAGCCUCUGGGCGCCGUCCUGGGCCUGCUCCAGACAGCGUGCGUUCAGUACUAGCAGUGGGUCACGACAUCCUUAACCGCCGUGCCGGGGCUGGUGGCAGAGAAGGCCAGCAGGCCUGGUCGCUGCUGUUUGGCCGCUACCAGGUGGGUGUCCGUGCGCGUGCUUUCUGACUGACGGGACAUCAGCGGCGAGUUAGCCUCACGCGGAAGGAGCUGGCUGAGCGGCUCAGUGUUUGGGGAGCUGGACGGUGGCGUGCGAAAGGCUUGCAGAACUCGAAGCCUGCUCCUGCCCUUGCUACCACGGCCUCCUUUUCCAUUUGAUUUGUCACUGCUUCAAUCAAUACCAGCCGCUCCCGAGUCAGGAGUUGAUGAGUAGAUGACCAAAUAUCACCAGGACUGUUAGUGUGUGCCGAGCCCUCUCCUGGUGCCGGCUCCCGUGCACCUGGACACUGUACCGUGUGCUGUGUUUGCUCUCCCUCCCCCGCCCUCUCCUCGUCUUUCUGGGGUUUUUCUGUUUGGGUUUGGUUUGGUUUUUAUUUCUCCUUUUGUGUUCCAAACAUGGGGUUCUCUCUGCUGGUCCUCUUAACUGUGGUGUUGAGGCUUCUAUUUGUGUAAUUUUUGGUGGCUGAAAGGAAUUUUGCUAAGUAAAUCUUCUGUGUUUGAACUGAAAUCUGUAUUGUAACCAUGUUUAAAGUAAUUGUUCCAGAGACAAAUGCUUCUAGACACCUGGUUUUUUGUUGUUGUUGUUGCUGUUGUUGGGUUUUUUUUUUUUAAACAAGAGCUUUCGGAGGGAGGGGAUGGUGACUGAAAUGAGAGGGGGGCCCCAAAGAGGUGACCCCUCUCCAGUUCAGCCAGAAACCACCCAAAGAAGUUGAGCCCGGGGAGUCCCAGUCCCAGCCCACACUCCGAAUAGCUGAUGUGUUGCCAUUUUCAAAGUCAGCAAAACCAGUUUCUGUUCCACCCAGUGGAUUCUUUUGCCCUCCCCCCAAGAUUAUUACCAUGGUCGUUAUUUUGAAGGCAAGACAAAGUUGAUAUUCCUUUGAGGGGAGCCAGGAGGGGCUGUGUGUGGGCAGAGCUGACCUCGCUGAGGCGUGCCUGCGAAGCCCCCUUGUGGGCACAGGUCAGGGAGACAUUGGCUGGCAGAGGAUUGGCCACUCCCCCGCUGGCCCAGCUCCCCCUGGAGUGGCCAGCUGGUGGGCACUCUCAUCUCCAAGAUGUGCCCUGCGGGCACUACCGUCUUUGUUCAAGACCCUUCUGUCACACCCUACCCCACCCCUCCUACGAAGUGCUAAUGUCAAGUCUGCCCCACCAUCCCUGGACAACUGCUACAGGACCGUGGCGGGGACCCUCUCCCUCCUCACUGUCAAGUGAUUCCUUGCAAAAUUCCAACACGAGACACCCCUUCCCUUUCCAUGGCCAAGAGAGGUCCUUCUCUGAGAAGCCUCUGCCCUCAGCACCUGUCUGGGACUCACGAAACAGGGAAGCGAUCCGUGCUCCCUGCGCACCUCACAGCCCCUCCUCCGAAAGGCGGCAGUGCUGACCACUUGCACAGGGGAUGCAGGAGCUAGAAGAACCAAACAGGGCAUCUGGCCCUUCCCAAGUUGGGGGGCGGGGUCGUGUUCCCCGGGGGCUGAGCUCUGGGGGCUGCGCUGCCAGUGACACACGGGCCGCCCUGUCCUGGGGGAGACUCAGCUGGAGAUGUGUCUAAAAGCCCUCGAUCACAUUCACCCUCAGUUUUUGUGUUUUGGGACAAUUACUUUAGAAAAUAAGUAGGUCAUUUUAAAAAACAAAAAAUAUUGAUUGCUUUUUUGUAGUGUUCAAAAAAAGGUUCUUUGUGUAUAGCCAAAUGACUGAAAGCACUGAUAUAUUUAAAAACAAAAGGCAAUUUAUUAAGGCAAUUUGUACCAUUUCAGUAAACCUGUCUGAAUGUACCUGUAUACGUUUCAAAAACACCCCCCACUGAAUCCCUGUAACCUAUUUAUUAUAUAAAGAGUUUGCCUUAUAAAUUUACAUAAAAAUGUCCGUUUGUGUCUUUUGUUGUAAAAUCAAGUGGUUUUUUCAUAAGGUUCUUUUACUAUUUGAAAAGAUGGGCAGCACGCAGUUUUAUUUUAUUUUUGUAAGUUUUUUAAUACAUGUGAAAGCAAAGAAUACUCAGCAUGCCUUUCUAAGUGACGCGUUUGCACCUUUGUUGGGAAGUACUGUAUCCUGUGCUGUUAGCAUUCUCGAUAAAUCUCUCUGUGAAAGUGA